CACCGCGGAGCGCAGCGCGGCGUCGGCAUCGGCUGGGGACCGGCUCGGUUCCGGCUAGGGCUCCGGCGGCGUGGGCCGGGCAGCAGCGGGGUAGUGGCUCCGCGGGGUGGGCAGGGGGCGUCCGGGCGUCCGCACGCUCGGGCGGCGGCGUCGCCUCUGCCCCAGCGGUCGCGUCCGCCGCCCGCGCGCUCGGGCGCAGGUUUGGACUGCCUAAAAAAGUCAUUUCACGGUGACCAGCCCCACUUGCCGACGUGACCUAAAGCCACUCCUUUGCCCCCAUCCGCAGUGACUUUUGCCGGGAGCGGGGGGCUGGGCACAGACGUCUGUCCAUGCUGCCCUUGGCAGGACCCGAGGAACCGUGGCAGCCAUGCCCCCGCCUGCCCCAGCCGCCCCUCACCCCCUACACUGACCUGCAUGGUAUGCGUGCCCUCGGGAUCCCCGAGGACUGACCAGCUGACCUCGCUUCGGAUCCCCAACAGCUCCCCCAAAAUGUCGCUCGAGUGGCUGGUGGCCUGGAGCUGGUCGCUGGACAGCCUGAGGGACUGCAUCGCCACCGGCAUCCAGUCCGUGCGGGACUGCGACACCACGGCCGCGGUCACCGUGGCCUGCCUGCUGGUCCUGUUCGUGUGGUACUGUUACCACGUGGGCAGGGAGCAGCCCCGGCCCUACGUCUCGGUCAAUGCCCUGAUGCAGGGCCCCGAGGCCACGGGGCUGCAGAACGGGUUCGUGUACUGCCAGUCCCCCGAGUGCGUGCGCUGCAGCCGCAGUGAGGGUCUCAACCAGAAGCUCUACCACAACCUGCAGGAGUACGCCAAGCGCUACUCCUGGUCCGGCAUGGGCCGCAUCCACAAGGGCAUCCGCGAGCAGGGCCGCUACCUCAGCAGCCGGCCCUCCAUCCAGAAGCCCGAGGUCUUCUUCCUGCCCGACCUCCCCACCUCGCCCUACUUCACCCGGGACGCGCAGAAGCAUGACGUGGAGCUGCUGGAGCGCAACUUCCAGACCAUCCUGUGCGAGUUUGAGGCCCUGUACAAAGCCUUUCCAAACUGCAGCCUCCCGCAGGGCUGGAAAAUGAACAGCACCCCCAGUGGGGAGUGGGUCACCUUUUACUUGGUCAAUCAGGGGGUCUGCGUCCCCCGGAACUGCAGGAAGUGCCCACGGACGUACCGCUUGCUUGGAAGCCUUCGGACCUGUAUUGGGAACAAUGUUUUUGGGAACGCGUGCAUCUCCGUGCUGAGCCCCGGCACCGUGAUAACGGAGCACUACGGACCCACCAACAUCCGCAUCCGAUGCCAUUUAGGUCUGAAAACUCCGAGUGGCUGUGAGCUGGUGGUGGGGGGGGAGCCCCAGUGUUGGGCAGAAGGCCGCUGCCUCCUCUUCGAUGAUUCUUUCCUGCACGCCGCGUUCCAUGAAGGCACACACGUUGGUCCUAACUUCGGAUCACCUACCUACCCUUACCCAUAUCUCCCACUUCCGCCGCGUUAGCCACCCCGGAUUCAAGCCACAGCCUCCUGGUGGUUCCACUCCUGCCCUGCUUCUCACCCAUCUGAGAGCCAGUGACGUUUCCAACGAGAACCAAAUUGAGUCACUGCUCUGCUUAAAGGCUCCCCUUCGCCCAGUGUCUCGGCCACCUUGCAAGGGCCUUCACGGUGCGAGCCCUCGCUCCCCGCCCGCGCUCCGUAGCACCGCACUGUUGAAAGACAGAGGCUUGGCAUGGCCAGAAGGACAGACACAUCAAGUUUGCAGGGUGGGCGCGUUAGUUUCCCAUGGCUGCUCUAACAAACUUCUACGAACCUGGUGGCUUAAAACAACUGAACUCGGGCUUCCCUGGUGGCGCAGUGGUUGAGAAUCCACCUGCCAAUGCAGGGGACGUGGGUUCGAGCCCUGGUCUCGGAAGAUCCCACAUGCCGAGGAGCAACUAAGCCCGUGAGCCACAACUACUGAACCUGCGCGUCUGGAGCCUGUGCUCCGCAACGAGAGGGGCCGCGAUGAAGAGUGGCCCCCGCUUGCCGCGGCUGGGGAAAACCCUCGCACGGAGGCGAGGACCCAGCAGAGCCAUGAAUGGAUAAAUAAAUAAAUAAAUUAAUUAAUUAAAAAAAAUAAAUAACUGAACUCGUUCGCUCAUGCUUCUGGAGGCCGAAGUCCAGAAUUGGUUUCGCUGGGCCUAAGUAAGUGCAUUGCCAGAGUCCUGCUCUCCAGGGUAGAGUCCAUUCUUGGCCCCUUCUGCAUCUUGUGGCCGCAUCACUCACCCUCUGCCUCCAUCCUCACUUCUCCUUCUCUUCCGUGAGUCACCUUCUGCCUCUCUGACAAGCACACUUGUGAGGGCACUCGGAUGACCUGCAUCUCAGGAUCCUUAAUCACACCUGCGUGACCCUGAUCACACGACGUAACACUCACAGGACCCUGUUGGUAUCUUUGGGGGCCACCGCUGGGCCCACGACACAGGGCCCGUGGCCUGGUGUGAGGAUGCGCGCUCAGCGGGGAGCAGCCGCGCCCCACUUCCUGCAGGAGGCGUGUGAGGAACGCAGUAACUGGGGGAGUGUGAAGAGCGUCUCGGCCACAUGAGAAAGGCCUGCCGUGGGGCUUCAGCGCUCGAGAGAGGGUGACUGCAACCAAGAGCCAGUCUCCACUGGCGGUACCGUCAAGGUGACAAGAGCCAGAAGCCUAGAUGCUUCCCUCCAGCGGGAGGCGGUUUGAUUAGGCUCAACAUCCCUCCGGGGACCAGAGAGCCUUUCCCGGCAGGAGUCUGAUUGAUUGCCACUGUUAAUCACGCCAUGGGACCUUUUUCCCUGAGGUUCGCAGGUGGCAGCCGCUGGGCAGCCGCAGGGACUGAGCCCAAACAGAGCCUCUCACUUCUCUCCCUCCUCCCGUGUUCGCCGCUCACUGGCGGGAGGCAGUUGUCCUGGAUGAUGGGGGCACUCUGGGGUCUGCCGUAAACCAGGGCGUCCUGCAGACACUGCCGUCCCUGGGGGGCACUGGUGUGCGGGAGUGGCCGUCCCUGGGGGGCACUGGUGUGCGGGAGUGGGGCUCGCCCCCGCGGGAAGGAUCGAACUCUGGAACUGGCAGGAAGAAAGGGGAGGGAGCGCUCAGUUUCUUCCUUAGUGGUGCGGCCCGCUGGGCGAGCUGGUGGCUGGGAUACGGACCGAGGCUUCAUCCCGCAUUUGGCUGAAGGGUCCCCGGGCCAAAGCUGUAGGGAACCUGGUCGGGGGGUAAGAUAUGGGCUUGCGAGUGUACUGCCUAUUUCUGUGACAGAUCACCCCAAGAGUGGCUUAAAACAACACACAUUUAUUAUCUCCCACACUUCCUGAGGGCUAGGAGUUCAGAAGUGGUUCGGCUUGAUGGUUCUGGUUGUUUCUUACGAGGUUGAGUCACAUGUCGGCAGGGGCUGCAGUCCUCUGAAGGCAACCGGGCUGGGAGACCUGCUUCCAAGAAGCCUCACUCACGUGGCCCUGGGCAGGAGACCCUCACCACGAGGGCUUCUCCAUAGGGCUGCCUGGAUGUCAGCUUCUCCCCAGAAUAGGUGAACUGAGAGAGGUGGCAGCUGUGAUGUUUCAUAACCUACUCUCAGAAGUCACACUGUCAUUUUUGCCACAUUCUAGUCAUUAAAAACUAAUCACUAAGUACAGCCCACACUCAAGGGGGAGAAUCAGGUCCCUAAUUUGUAGCAAAGAAAUUGUGGACUUAUUUUAAAAUGGCCGUCGCACGCAGGUCUCACAUUCUGCUGUGCGGACCUGAGGUCACAGGACCUCAUACCUGUGAUCGCUGAGACUCAGCUCAGAGGGAAGCACCGGGCUGCCUCGAGCACUGAUUCUCAGAAACAAGCAUUUUGUAUUACACACAUAUUAGGCUCAACAGCAGUCCUGGGAAAUUAGAUGGGAAGAGAGGUUUCUGAAAGCAAAACAGAGGAGAUUAAGCUCUGCCAAUGGCCUGACAGCCAGGAAAGGGCUCACAGACAGGCAGGAGAUUUCCUUGUGAAGCAGAAAUUGUUUGUUAGAGUCCUUGAGCCCAGGUAGUUAGCUGAGAUACAGGGGGGCAGAUGAAAAUGGGCUCGGGGGCUCCAAGUUCUGUCCUUGUGUCAACACGUAACAGGUCAGAAUUUCACCAAACUCAGGACUUGGAGAUCUCACAAUUCUGGAGCAUCACAAUUCUGGCAAGAGGAAAAAAGUGUGGUUGCUUGAAAAUACCCCAGGACAGAAAGGGAACAUGUUCUGUGUUAAGUCAGUCUUGGGAAUGUUCCUUGAGAGCUUGGCCCCGGGAUUUGUAAGGGACUUUUCCUUGGAGAAUCAGGCAGAGAAGUAGGACAUUGUACAUUUCUCCUAGCCUGAGGUGUGGUCCUCCUCCAUCUGGGAAGCUCACCUCUUAGGCCAGCCAGCGGCAGGAGGGACCCCAGAGAGGUGACAGAAAGGGUGACAUGGGCCUGGUGUGCGGUCCAGCCACGCUGCAGCUGGUGCUCCCUGGAACAGCCCGCCACCCUCGCCCAGACCGUUCUGACAUGCCCUCUUCCUCGCCUAGCCAGGCUGGAUCAGGCAGGGCAAAGAGAAACGUGACCACGUGAAAU